AGGUUGACGAAAACGCAAUUUCUAAGUUGCCAUCAAAUUUCUUCGUCAACAACCUCCUUGCAACAAUGGCGUUGGCGAAUGACGAACCCGCCGCAAAGAAGAUUUGUUGUAACAGCUGUGACAGCGAAGAUGCUGCUCGAAGUCGAUGCAGUGAAUGCGGAAUAUUUUUGUGUCAGUUUUGCACUGAGUUUCAUAAACGGUCUCGAUCAAUGAAACAUCACGAAUUGUGGACCAUAGAGGAGUUGAAGACAAACCCUGAAGGUCUACACAACAUUGCUGAGAAGAUAAGAUGUCCGAAGCACAAGGAAGAAGUCAUCAAAUUAUUUUGUAAAACAUGUCAAACAACCAUCUGUAGAGAUUGCAUCAUCGUUGAUCAUCGGCAGCAUGAGUAUGGGUUUGCUGAUGAAGUAGCUGUGGAAGAAAAACAAAAGAUGAAUGAAAAUUUAAACGAAGUAAAGCAGAGGAAAGGCAGACUGGUACAGGGAAUCGUAAACCUGAAGAAAUUUAAUGAGAGUUUGGAGGCUAUGAAGGAAUCAACAAUCGCAGAAAUAAAUCAACACUUCGAUGAGAUAUCAAAAAGCAUAGAGUCACGGAAAACGGAGAUGGUGGAAAAAGCGACUUCGUUAACGAAUUCGAAACAAAAGCAGAUUCACACGCAGUUAGAGGGCUUAGAAGUGGCUUUGGCAAGUUGUGAAAGUAGUAUCGAUUUUACAGAGCGAGCGUUUAAGAAUGGCAAUAAUGUUCAAAUAUUGAGCAUGAAGAAAUACAUUUUGCAAUCUUUAGAUGAGCUGAAAACAGUUAAAGAUCAAUCGAAGCCUUGUGUUACUGAAGAUAUGGCGUUUACCAUUCCUUCUUCGGCGCAGGAAGCGAAGAGAGUGUUGUUGAAUUGGUAUGAUGUAGAUGUCACUGUAGCAAACCCUGAAAAUUGCAACGCGUCUUUUAAAGCAACUGAAAAAGUAGAAGGCAACAGUACUCCAUAACACUUGUCUGUAGCGAGUGACACCAGCGUUAGUGUUUCCUUAAUUAACUCUGCAUGGAUAUGAAAAAAAACAUUGAGCACUAAUGGGUUAUUCAGAUGCGACGUACAACUAUCUGUUUUGUUGACAUUUUCUGCUACCUGAUUAUGAGUGGCAAAAAUUGCAAAAGAUUUUGCAUUCAAAUUUCUCUAAGAACGACGUUCUUCGUUCAUUUCGUUUAUAAAGCUAUAGCCAUGAAUGUUAUAAACUAGCCUUAAAAAACAGGCGUGAUUUCUCAUGUAAAUUUAGGACAAUUUACAGGGGAAACAUGUGAUAAAUUACUAAUAUAAAACCAGUUUGAAUAUUACUAUCAGUAAAACAAGAACAAGUUCUAAUUUAACUCUAUCUAAAUGAAAACAGCUUGUUCUUCUUACUUUAUGUUACAUCUUCGCUACUUCUAAGGUAUAUUGUAGCAAAUAAAACUAGCAAGUAUCAUGGAGUGUUGAUUCAGAGGUGUGCACAUCUUAGUUGUGUAUACUGUCAUUUUAUUGUUCUCUUUUCCAAAAAAAAUACGAUAGAGUUCCAUGUUUACCAGUAC